AUUAGGUACAUGCCCUAUCUCACCAGGGCGGACAGGCGCGAGUUUCUAUUCUGAACUUAGGUUUUUAGUUAUUAGCGUCUCAAAAAAUAAUCCAUAUUCAUAAAUGAAUAGGAAAUACGUAGUUUGGAUUAUUUUGCACCUUGAAAAGUUCAUAAUUUUUGCCGAUAACUUUUUUAUAUUAAUGGCAUAAAUGGAUUUCGUAUUUAAACAUUAUAUUUUUCCAAUAAUUGUAUCUGCACUUUCAAACAAUGAACUUGUUUUUAUUUUUGUCAAAUUAUUUGAUUGCUACAAUUUAUUGUGCAAACAUUUUAGUAGUUUCAGAAAUUGGCAGUGUUAGUCACAUGAGUAUCAUGAAAAACCUUGCCAAAAAUCUAGCUGAAAAAGGCCACAAUAUCGAUAUGGUGUCACAAUUUCCUUUGGAAAAGCCUUUAGAAAGAUAUACGGACAUAAAUAUUGCUAACAUAUCCAUUAUUGUAACAAACCAAUUCACUCUAAAUGAAAUGAAAUUAUUGACAACAAAAACCACGAUAAUGGCUAUGAUAGAAAAAGUCAGUUUGUCAGCGUGUAAAUCAGCCUUUGAAAAUCCAAAAUUGCAACAGCUUAAAAAUACUAAAAAAAAGUACGAUUUAUUGAUCGCAGAACUUUUUGUCACCGAUUGCAUGUUGGGCUGGGGAUGGUACUUUGACGUACCAACAAUUUUGGUGUCUAGCAGUUAUCCUUUACCGUCAAGAGUUGAUCGUUUUGGACUUCCAGAGAGUACCGGGUACAUUCCUACCUAUUUUGCUCAAGGAUUUAGCACAAAAAUGUCAGUAUUUGAUAGGAUUGUAAAUACUUGGCAAUAUAUUAAAGCUAAAUAUUUUAUUAAUAGUUAUAAUCAAAUAAUCGAUGAAAUAACUAAAGACUUUUUUGGAACAGAAAUGCCUUCUCUUAGUGAUUUGGCUUACAACAGUAGUUUACUGUUGAUGAAUACACAUUUCAGUAUCCAUUUUGCCAGACCAUUGGUACCAAAUGUUAUUGAAGUAGCGGGCUUACAUAUGGAAGAACCACAACCCUUAAACCAAUAUUAUGAUAAUUUGCUGGGUAACGAUACGACAGGAGUAAUAUACUUCUCUAUGGGUUCACUAUUGGCCAUCGAGUCUUUUUCUAUAGAUUUACUACAAGACAUAUUGGAUGCUUUUGCUACAUUACCCUAUAAAGUUAUAUGGAGAGCAAAGCACGAAGCUUUACCAAAAAAUUUAAAUGUUCCAAAAAAAGUUUAUUUCGAAAAUUGGGUGCCACAGCUGGACCUCUUGUGUGAUUCGAGAGUCAAACUUUUUAUUUCUCAUGGCGGUAUGAUGAGUACCCAAGAAGCAAUAUAUUGUGCAGUACCAAUUUUAGGAAUUCCCAUAAAUGCCGAUCAGUUUUUGAAUAUGAAACAGGUUCAAGAUUCAGGAAAUGGAUUAAUAAUAAAAGAUUUGAGCAAAAGCGAUUUAAUGAAAUCUAUUAAGGAGCUUUUGCAUGAUCCAAAAUAUUCAAAAAGUGCAAAAGAAGUUUCUGAACUUUUUAAAGACCGCCCAAUGUCGCCUAAAGACACAGCCAUUUAUUGGACUGAAUACGUUUUGCGACAUAGAGGUGCUCCAAAAUUGCAAAGUUUUGCUAAACAACUUGCAUGGUAUCAAUACUAUCUUUUAGACCUAAUUGCCAUCGUUAUUUGUACACUUUUUACCAUUAUUUUAUUUUUAUUGCUUUUUAUAAAGCGCAUUUUUCUGUCUUGA